UACGCGACGUUGUUAACGUUCAGGACGUGUGUAGUAGGAGACAUUUUUCGAUAAAACGUCCUAGUUAUAAAUAGCCGUCGUCGAGGCGUAAUAUAAUGGCUUGGGUUUGAAAAAUUCGCUCUCGCGAAACUUAUACAUCGCAACGACGAGGCAAUGGUAACCCUAGCCGAGCGUCAAUAUUAAACAUUGUUUUCCGCAGUGAGCAAGCGCACGAGGCGAGGUGUUCGAUUCAGGUAUACACAACGGAAGUGCGCGCAUAUAACCUGCACCAGGUAUACGUGCACACUCACACGCGCGGCAGGAACCUGGUCGAGCUGCACACCGACGUGAGCGGACAUUCUCACCGAAGCGGCGGUAGAAAAAUCCGUGACGAGGCGAUCCGGCAACGUCGCACGCUCGGCACUGCCGGCGCGUAUAUAUAGGUAUACACACGAGGAGAGCGUCACGAGCAUCAGGCGGCACGUUGUUCAAAUGCCGAACGCCUGGCUUUGUUCAAAAAUGAAGAUGGCGCGGCUUUGAAAGCCGAUAAAACGGCCUGGAUAUCUCUGCAUCCACUACUGCACUUUGCUCUGAUCCGCCACCUACGCGAUAGCGAUAAGUGCGUACGCAUACUUAUAACGCGAGAAGGUCGACGAUGAAGCGAACGAGCGUCAGCUUUCGAAAACGGAGGAAGCAAAAAUGAAUACUAAAGACAAGGACAGCCGGUAGCGCCGUACAGAGACGCCGUGAAAAUUCGACGGAAAAUUUGUGCUCCGAAAAAGCAACGGCGCUUCAAGGAUGCUCCACGCCGCUGACUCGCGCAUGCGUCUGUUGGCCUGCCAGAUGGCGGUGAGAUCGACUUCCUUUGACUCGCGGACGACGUCUCUACUUCCUUUUCCAACCAUACAGCGAAGAUGGUGAACGUACCCAAGCAGAGGCGCACUUUCUGCAAAAAGUGCAAGGUGCACAAGCCACACAAAGUGACACAGUACAAGAAGAGCAAGGAAAGGCAUGCCUCCCAGGGUAGAAGGCGUUAUGACCGUAAACAGCAAGGUUUCGGAGGUCAGACUAAGCCCAUCUUCAGGAAGAAGGCUAAGACCACCAAGAAAAUCGUGUUGAGAAUGGAAUGUACUGAGUGCAAGUACAGGAAACAGAUCCCCCUCAAGCGUUGCAAACAUUUCGAACUUGGUGGUGACAAGAAGAGGAAGGGCCAGAUGAUUCAGUUCUAAGAAGUUAACUCUUUUUCUAACUUUAAGGGACUGUAUUUAAUAAAAAUAAAAUAAAAUCUUAACUGGUUUGUAAA